UAAUCUCACAAUAAAGCUAUCGCAGCUGAGUGGGUUUGGUGGCCAGCACCAUGCCCGGCCGCCUAUGUGUUCGAGGGUGGCGAUGUUUACGACACACCGCACAAAGUACAAAUUUGAGGCUCAGUUGACCCUAAGGGAUGAGGCCAAGGACAGAUUCAGAUAAUCGUUACCAAUUGUGGUGUUGAUGGACGUGAGUGAGAAUCGAACUCGGGUCUCUGAUGGUUUUUUAGUUCAGCGCUAACGUUACAGACACCACUCCCUAAGCUGUGGAACAAUGAGUUUAUCUCUCUUUACUAAUCUCACAAUAAAGCUAUCGCAGCUGAGUUCCUCUGAUUUAUAUUGACAAGAAAACUGUAUGAUCUUGGGACGUGCGUACAGUAGCCAUGGUCACCUAGAGGCUGCUGUUUGCGCACCUAGGGGCACGAGUUCAGAUUCUAGGGAGUGUCUCCAGAUGUCAAUGACAAUUAAAAUAUAUAUUUAGCAGUUUACUUCCUUCUCCACCGUUGUUAUAAGAGAGAGGUCCUGGUCCAGCUUCUCUCUGAGCCACAAAGUGAGCGAUCCCAGUGAAGCCAUGGGUCAUGGCGAGCGCGACUCCCAGUAAGAGUGUGGAUAGUGAGCUGUGCUGCUCCAUAUGCCUGGACACGUUCGUCUGCCCCUCCACACUGAGCUGUGGACACUCGUUCUGCCUCCGGUGCCUGGAGGCCGCCUGGGAGACGGCGAGCAGCUUCAGCUGCCCGCAGUGCCAAGUGACCUUCCCUGUGCGACCCCAGCUGAGGAGGAACGUGGUCCUCGCCAACCUGGCGGAGCAGCUCAGAGUUGGAGUCGGGAUGGCCGAGGCCAUUGUGUGUGACAUCUGCAGUGGUGGCCAGAUUCCUGCAGUGAAGACCUGCCUGAGAUGUGAGAUGUCUUACUGUGCAACGCACGCAAGGCCUCACUUGGAGAAUCCCAGGUUAAGAGAACACCUCCUGGUGGCUCCCAUCGCGAACCUGGAGGAGCGACGCUGCCAGCAGCACAGACAGGAGCUCAUUCUGUACUGUGAACAGGAUGACAGCCUGGUCUGCACAGUCUGUACCAUCGCUGGGGAACAUAGAGAGCAUGAGGUCAUUCCAUUGGAAAAUGCACAACGGACAAAACAGGUGAGAUAUAAAUCAAUACCACCUCACAACCUGGGAGGUUGGAAGAUGCAAACGGAGGCAUUGAGACUCGAGAAGACGGAGAGAGAGGAGAAGAAGACUACGGCAGAAUCACGGACACAGCAGCUCAAGGGUACCUUCAAACACGUGCAGGAGUCUCUGCGUGGGACCAAGGCGCGGAUCAGCCGAGAGUUUGACCGCCGGAGGGAGCAGCUGAGAGAGGAGGAGAGGGAGGCGCUGGAGCGCGUGGACGAGGAGGGCCGCUCCGUGCUGUCCCGCAUCCAGGCGGACAUCGCUCGCUACGAGAGCAGAGCACGCGGCCUGGAGCAGGAGAUCAACCAGCUGCUCGCCGCACUCACCGUGCAGGACCCGCUCUCCUUCCUGCAGGUGGCACCACCUCCAUUCACUCGCCGUGGUGUCCAGGAUAUAUUAACUACUUCGCCUGGUAUGCAGGAGAUCGUGGGUUCGACCCCGAUCUUGAUGAUUCCUGCUGUAAAUUUAGAGUUUGCG